AUGACCACGUUAUCCCGCCCGUUGCGCUUGCUUCUCUUGGGCGCACCCGGCUCCGGGAAGGGCACCCAGACAUCCAAGUUGUUGGACAAGUUUAGUCACAUCAACCCGUUGUCCUCCGGAGACUUGUUGCGGACGCAGAUCGCGGCGCAGACGCCCAUUGGCCGCGAGGCCUCAUCCUACAUCACGAAUGGAACUUUAGUGCCGGACAUGACAAUGAUCAACUUGCUUGCGGGCGAGCUCGACAGCCGUGGUUGGUUGAGCCCUAACGCAUCGUGGUUGCUCGAUGGGUUUCCGCGAACUGCGGCCCAGGCCCAUGGACUUGACACACAGCUUGCCGCAAACGCGUGCGCGCUCAACCUCGUAGUGGAGUUGGAUGUCAACGAGGAUGUGAUCUUGGAGAGAAUCGAGAACCGCUGGAUCCACUUGCCGAGUGGCAGAAUAUACAACUUGCAAUACAACCCGCCAAGGCAGCCGUUCACGGAUGAUCUCACCGGUGAGCCGUUGUCGAAGCGGGACGACGAUAACGCGGAGGUGUUUAAGAAGCGGUUAGUUGCAUAUAACGAGCAAUUACUUCCAUUGAAGGAGUUCUACGACAAACAGGGCGUGCUCACGAAAGUCAGUGGUGACACGUCAGACAUUAUCUUUCCUAAAUUGGCAAAGUUGAUUUCCUCUCAAUAUGCAUAG